CCGCCUCGGAUCUGCACGCCGGCCAAAAGACUGGCGAACCAGCGGGCAGUCGUCUCAGGGAGGAGAGGUGGAGCUCGGACGCAGGGCUGUGGGGACGCGUUCGCUGGCGGGGAGCGCAGGGCGCGCGCGACGGCUCGGCCCCCGAGACUUUUCUAGAUAGCGCCGCUCGGCUGGGCGUGGCGGCGAUGCCCUCCCUGUGGAGAGAAAUCCUCCUGGAGACCCUCCUGGGAUAUGUUUCGUGGUCUCUCUACCAUGGCUUGGCACCGUUGAUCUAUUACUUUCCCCUGCAAACACUGGAGCUCACUGGGCUUGAAGUUUUUGGUAUAGCCUUUCUUUCUCCAGCACUCCUAACAGUGACUCCUUUCUGGAAGCUGGCUAAGAAGAAGUGGAUGCUUACCCUGCUUAGGAUCAUCACUGUAGGCAGCCUAGCCUCCUUCCAGGCUCCAAAUGCCAAACUUCGGCUGGUGGUCCUUGCACUUGGUGUGUCUUCUUCGCUGAUAGUGCACACCGUGACUUGGUGGUCAGGAAGUGGUUUGCAAAGGUACCACAGAAUCUGGGGAUUUAUUUUAGGACAGAUUCUUCUUGUCGUCCUCCGCAUAUGGUACACUUCACUCAACCCAAUCUGGAGUUGUCAGAUGUCCAACAGAGUGAUACUGGCAUUAAGUACUAUAGCCACACUUGAUCGCAUUGGCACAGAUGGUGACUGCAGCAAGCCCGAGGGGAAGAAGACGGGCCAGGCGGCCAGAGGCAUGCCCUCCAGAACCACCCGGCUGCUGGCCGGCGCUGCCUUCGGUAGCCUCGUGUUCCUCACACACUGGGUCUUUGGAGAGGUCUCACUUGUUUCCAGAUGGGCAGUGAGUGGUCAUCCCCACCCAGGGCCACAUCCAAACCCAUUUGGAGGUGCAGUUCUGCUGAGCCUGGCAAGUGGGUUGAUGCUUUCAGCUUGUUCCUGGUUUCCCAGUGCUAGUUUAAUCUGGUGGGUUACAGGGGCAGCUUCAGCAGCGGGUCUCCUUUACCUGCGCACGUGGGCAGCUGCUGUUUCCGGCUGUGUGCUGGCCGUCUUCACGGGGUCCAUGUGGCCUCAGGUGCUUAGACACCUGGUUAACUUAGGGACGAGCCCUGGAGAAACCAUGACUGUUGCCAUGGUAGUUUAUCUUCUAGAAAUAUUUUUCUGUGCAUGGUGCACAGCUUUUAAGUUUGUCCCAGGAGGUGUCUACGCUAGAGAAAAAUCUGAUGUGCUUUUGGGAACCAUGAUGUUCAUUAUUGGGCUGAAUAUGUUAUUUGGUUCUAAGAAAAACUUUGACUUUCUUCUUCAAACAAAAAACAGUCCGAAAAUACUUUUCAGAAAGAGUGAAAAAUACAUGACACUUUUUUUGUGGCUGCUUGUUGGUGUGGGGUUGUUGGGAUUAGGACUACGACAUAAAACCUAUGAGAGGAAAUUGGGCAAAGGGGUACAAGCCUCAGAGUUCUCUGCUGCCAUCUGGCCUUUCAGAUUUGGAUAUGACAAUGAAGGAUGGUCUAAUCUAGAAAGAUCAGCUCAAUUGCUCAACCAGACAGGUGCAGAUUUCAUAACAAUUUUGGAGAGUGAUGCUUCUAAGCCCUUUAUAGGUAACAAUGACUUAACCAUGUGGCUAGGGGAGAAGCUGGGCUUCUAUACAGACUUUGGUCCAAGCACCAGGGAUCACACUUGGGGGAUUAUGGUGUUAUCAAGAUACCCAAUCGUGAAAUCGGAGCAUCACCUUCUUCCGUCACCAGAGGGCGAGAUUGCACCAGCUAUAACCCUGACUGUUAACAUCUCUGACAAAUUGGUGGAUUUUGUCGUGACACACUUUGGAAACUACGAAGAUGACCUUGACAGGAAACUACAGGCUAUUGCUGUUUCAAAACUCCUGAAAAACUGCUCUAAUCAAGUGGUAUUUCUGGGCUAUAUCACUUCAGCACCUGGUUCCAGAGAUUACCUACAGCUCACUGAACAUGGCAAUGUGAAGGAUAUCGACAGCACAGAUCACGACAGAUGGUGUGAAUAUAUUAUGUAUCGGGGACUGAUCAGGUUGGGUUAUGCAAGAAUUUCCCAUGCUGAACUGAGUGACUCCGAAAUUCAGAUGGCAAAAUUUAGGAUCCCCAAUGACCCCAGCAAUUAUACAGACAAUCAGAAAGUGGUUGUAGACCACAGAGAAGUUCCCGAGAACAUUCAUUUCAAUCCCAGAUUUGGAUCCUACAAAGAAGGACACUAUGAUGAAAACAAUCAUCAUUUUCAUAUGAAUACUCCAAAAUACUUUUUAUGAACUAUUUAAGAAGUCAUUGAUUGGGCAAAUCUAAGGGGAAAAAUAUGUAAGGUAGAACAAAUUUACUGGGGAAAGUGGGGAAAGACGCACGGAGAAGCUAAAUUUUUUAAAUCAUGGUGUUAUGCAGUGGGAAAUUCCAUCAAUUUCUAAAAUACGUUGUUUAAUAAAAGCAUUUCUUUAAAUUAC